AUGCAGAAGGUCAUUCAACGGACGGCCACGGCCAGAAAGCAGGCCCAGAAGAAGCUUUUCCGAGCCCAGAAGAAGGAUGAUCUGGCGAACCGCAAAGACAACAUUCGGAUGCGAAGGGACUACAACAAGGCCAUUAUCGAUUCAAUCAAGCUUGCACGCACUUCUCGCUGGGAGGACUACAGAAAGGGAGACAUUGCUCCCAAGCGAGACUCCGGACUGGAAGCCACAACCUUUGGUGCCAUUGACGCCGCUCUGCUUCACCCCCCGACUAUUCCUAAACCCCAACGUCGCAAGCACAUCCUUUUCGCCGCGGGAGACCGAGUCUGUGUGAUUCGCGGUCGGGACCAAGGAAAGAUCAAUGAGAUCACACAAGUCAACGAGGAGAGCGAGACUGUUACGAUAAAGGACAUCAAUACCGUCGAUCUCAAAGUCCCCGACUGGGCUAAGGCCUCGAUGGGCAUCAAGUCCGACGUUCUCGCACAGGCACUGCCAGUACCGAUGGAUGACGUUCGACAUGUCAUCGCGCUCGAGACCGGAGCCGAAGGCAGCUCGGUUACACGCGACCACAUUGUUAAACACGCCUACGCCGGAGCUCCCUACUUAGAGCGUGCCGAAUACAGCAAAAUCCCUCGCUACACCCGCUACAUCACCGGUCUUGACAUCGAGAUCCCCUGGCCCGUGGAAGAGAACCCAAACUACAAGGACGGCGAAUACGACACAUUGCGAUUCGAAGUCGACCAAGAGACAUGGGUCCCAUCUUUGGAUAACUCGCCUUUCCCAUCCAGCGUUCUCGACGAAUUGCGAAACAAGUACUCCCGAUUCCGUAAGCGCCACGACCCGGAGUACGUGAGGGAGAAGGUUUUGGAGGAAUACCGGAAGGAAUACCUGGCCAGCCAGUCUCUGUUUACUCCUGCGAUUGAGCGCAAGGAGAUGGAGAUUGCGAAGAGCAAGGCGGCUAAGCUGGCCAAGAUGGAUGCUGAUGGCAACAUGCUUCUUGAUACUGAAACGAACAACUUCAUUGAUCGCUUUAUGAAGACAAGUAUCAGUGAACAGCCGAAGAAGAAAUCCAAGAGGGCUCUGGCUAAGGCUCAGGCCAAGGCUGAAGCUAAGACUCAGGCUCAGACUCAAACUGCUUGA